CGAACCCUACUUCCCCCGACCCCCUAGCACCCCAAACUGGCGCUCGUUACUCCACUUCUCCCGUCACAGCCCAGGACGCGACUUCGUUUCUUCUUGUGUUUGUUACCGGUAUUUUUUCCUCACAAUAAGGCCAAGGACUGACUGGUAAACGUAGAGGAUCUGCUGGAGUUGGAAAAAUCAUUAUUUUGCAACCAUCAUAAUAAAGAUUGGGUCAGCUAAAAAUCAUCAGAUUUAGCAUUCGGAGUGCUAAAUAUAGGAGGAAAUUUUGAUGAAGAAACGGAUAUUUGCUUGCUUUUAAAGCGCCAUCCCACAGACUGCUUAUUUUUUACAAGGGAGAAAAUGCACGUGGGUUCUGGCACUGAGUUCUGGAGAAUUAUAGAAGUGUAAAAACAUAUAGAAGAGAAAUUUUGGCUCUUGCUUAGAGCAACCAAACCUUCAGGUAUAGAAUUAACUGUAAUGUUUUCAUCUAAACCUCUUUGGAUUGAGUUGGUACCAUGCAGCAAGAAACAGAGAGAUGUAGAGUUCGAGCCAAAAGACCUGACAUGGCACUUUAUGUACCUAAAGCUCGAAGGGGUACUGUGAUUCUUAACACAGGUGAUAAGGAAAAAAACUCCAGCCUUUCUAAUUCUUUGUUAAAAAAAGAACAAAGAGAAGUUUGUCUCUUCCAAAAGGAGAUAUUUGGAGACAAAUCUGGGACUCAACAACUAAGUAUUAAUCCUGAUAGAAAGGAGCAUAAUUGUAGGGAAGGAAGGAAAUCUUCAACAAAAUUAAGAAAGGAUACAUGCCUUCAAAAAAGGAAAAAGGAUAAGGUUUGUACUAAGAGAGAAGCCACAGAAUCCAGUGAAGUAUUAUCCCCAGAACAUCAGCAGAGAGCCCCACAAACAGAGAUUAUACCUACUUCACCUUUUCAAAGACAUCCAAAGAACGUGGAGUGUUUGGAGGUUCCAACUACAGUUGUGACAGAAUGUGAGGGGAUACAUGUAUCACAGUCUUAUUUAGAAAUCACCGAGGCUCAGGUUCUGAAACAACCAUUCCAGAAUGUGGAAUUCUGUGACUUCAGUAGGCAUGAACCAAGUGGGGGAACUUCUGAAGGCAGAGAUUUGGAAAGUAGACUUGAAACCGAUGCCAAAGUUGUGGAUAUAGUAUCCCAGUUUCCUAGAGUUUUUACUACUAUAUUGAAAUCUGAGAGUAUGAAUACACCAGUAAAACUAAGCUCUGAUUCUGAAAUUGUACUAGAAGGUUUGCAAACAUCAGAUGGAAUGCUGAAGCUCAGCAAUGGAAGCAUUCCUACUGUUUCUGUUCCUGGAAGUCCAGAUGGUGUCAUUGAUCAAACUUGUAUAGACUUUGAAGUUGAGAAUGUAAGUGAUAAAGCCAACAGUAGAGAUUUCAUCUUGUGUCAGAAAGGUAUAGAUUCCAUUCCUGAGGCUGUGGGUCACAUCUCUCAUAAAAUGACUAUGACCAGCAAAUUAGAAAGCACAAAUGACAUUAUUGAUCCAGCAGUGAUUAGAGAGUAUGAGAAGAGUGACAGCACUGCUGAUGAGUUAUGUGGAAAGUAUAAACCUUCUGAUACAGUUGUCCAUGCUCAUGAAACAGAUACAGAUAAUGGAUCCAAGAAUAUAGGUGACAUUACCAGUAAGUCUUGUGUGAUGGAUAUUACUGGUGCCAUACAUGGUCAUGUAACUAUAGGCAACCCUUGUGUAGUUGGAGUUACACUAGCUGAUGAGACUUGUAGCAACACAAAUAGUUUCUCAAAAUAUAUAGAUACGAGUUCAGAUGCAUCCCCUUUUCAUGCUAAAAGUGAGAAUGACUCCGAAAAUUUCAGCAGCCUAACUGCUGGCUCAGAUAUUUAUGUUGAGAGUAUUUCAUCUAGUUUUACAGAGUCAACAGGAAAGUUGAUAGAGAGCUUGUCAGAUUGUGCUUCCUCCUUACCUAUAAAGAAGAUUACUGGUAGUAAUUGUAACACUUUUUUGGACUCAGAACUCAGUUUGUCAAAUGGGACAAAAGUACUUUUAGAGAGUGCCUUGGGCAAUGAUCUGGAUAGUCCUGGUGAUAUAACAGAGGCAUUACAUGAACUAAGAACUGCUGAAGAGUUCAAAACAAAAGAGCAGGAUGACUCAGAGAAUAUAGGAUUUGGUGUAUCGUGUCCUGGAGGAGAAUCAUCUAUGGAAACAUCCAUGCAAUUUAAUGUAACUGAAACUUCUCAGAUAGAGGGAAAUACUGCCUCUGAAGAGAGCUGGGAAUCUAUGUUUAAUGAUGAUGGUGAUUGCGUGGAUCCACGUCUUCUACAGGAGUUUUCAGGGAAUAUGAAGAACAGGGAAAGCAUCCAGGAACCUAGAUUUGAUUAUUACAACCAUGAAGUUCCUGAUAUUGAUCUCAGUGAAUGUGAGUUUCCACAUGUCAUUGAAAUUUAUGACUUCCCCCAAGAAUUUCGUACAGAAGACCUUCUACGGGUUUUCUGCAGUUAUCAAAAGAAAGGAUUUGAUAUUAAAUGGGUGGAUGAUACACAUGCCCUAGGAGUGUUCUCCAGUCCAAUUACAGCUCGCGAUGCUCUGGGUAUUAAACAUACCAUGGUGAAGAUCCGGCCCUUGUCACAGGCCACAAGAGCAGCCAAAGCCAAAGCUAGAGCUUAUGCUGAGUUCCUCCAGCCAGCAAAGGAGAGACCUGAGACUUCAGCAGCCCUAGCCAGAAGGUUAGUUAUCAGUGCUCUUGGUGUCCGAAGCAAACAAAGCAAAACAGAACGGGAAGCAGAGCUAAAGAAAUUGCAAGAAGCCCGAGAGAGAAAACGAUUGGAAGCCAAGCAACGAGAAGACAUUUGGGAAGGCAGAGACCAGUCUGCAGUUUGAACAUCAUGCAAUGAAAGAGAUAAUUCCAUGAAUCAAAAAGUGUUUCCAUAGUCUUCAGAUAAGAGGAUCCUUCCACAGCCAUGUACAUGCAGAUGUGCAUGUUAAAGAAAGAGAAAAGGCCAUCAAGACAAAGAGUGACUGAGUAUAUGGAGAGAAGAUAGAGUCCUGCUUCACUCCUAAAUGCAGCUCUUUGGAAUUGCACUACGGUGUAUAAAAGGGAGCCAUCAGUUGGGAAGAAACAUGGAAGAUGUGACUUCCAAAAGUCCUUGGACAGGGCAAGUCAUGUUAGUGUGAGUCACACUUCUCAAAAUGUCUAAAGCAAAGGCAAAUCAGAAAAAGAGGAUUCAAACCUUCUAUGAUGGGAGAUUUAGGCCUUGCAAAGGCAGAACAUUCUUUAGUACCUCACAGAGCUGGGAACAGCAAUAUCAGAGGGCAAGUAGGAAGCACUUAAUACAAAGAGACAGAACAGUGUCUGGUGUAGUUGGCAUUACAUAGAAUCUACACUCCCAGUCCCAGAACUCUACAGUUGGUGAACUGCAGCAGAUAUGGAUAUUUGGACUCCAGAGUUUACUGAGUUCAGUACCUGGUGCUGUUCCAGCUGCAUAGCAGCCAGGUGCCAGCUUCAUUCCUCAUCAUAAGCCAGUCUUGGGGAGCUGUGUACCAGUUUCAGUUUAAGCAGUAAUGUGUUUUAAGAGAGAUUAAAGGCCAUUUUUAUGACA